AUGUACACGGAGGCUGAGCUGCCCCUGCUGGGGCUGAGUGUGGCGGUCUUCUCCAGUCUGCUCAAUGGCUCCACGUUUGUGCUGCAGAAGAAAGGCAUCCUUAGAGCCCGCACCAGAGGUGCAUCUUACCUCACAGACUUUAUAUGGUGGAUCGGCACUAUUACAAUGGCUUUGGGGCAGAUUGGAAAUUUCCUAGCAUAUACUGCUGCACCAGCUGUGCUUGUGACUCCUCUGGGUGCCCUGGGCAUCCCGUUUGGGUCUCUCUUAGCCUCAUAUGUACUGAAAGAAAGGCUCAACUUCUUGGGUAAACUGGGAUGUCUACUCAGCUGUGUGGGCUCUGUCAUUCUGAUUAUUCACUCUCCUAAGUCUGGUAAUAUUUUGUCUCGAGCUGAGUUUGAAGAGAAGCUUUCUAACCCAGUGUUUCUGAGCUACCUCUGUGUUGUGCUCCUGAUGCUGACGUUGCUGAUAUUUUGGCUUGCACCAGUUUACGGGAAGAAAAAUAUCAUGGUUUACAUUGGGGUAUGUUCACUGCUGGGUACGUUCACUGUUCCAUGCACUAAGGGCAUUGGCCUGGUUGCACAAGAUGCCUUUACCAGUGAUCCAAGCAGCCCAGGGGCAAGACACCUUUUCCUGUGCCUCCUAGCAGUGUUGGGAUGUAGCAUCCUCAUUCAAUUUCGCUACAUAAACAAAGCACUGGAAGACUUUGACUCUUGCAUAUUUAGCGCCAUCUAUUAUGUGACUUUCACAACAUUAGUCCUACUGGCAACAGCCAUCCUUUUUCAGGAGUGGACUAACGUAGGCGCAGUGGACCUUUUGGCCAUACUAUGUGGCUUUAUCACUGUAUCCACUGGGGUUAUAUUAAUCCAGAUGUUUAAAGAGUUUAACAUCAGCUUCCGAGAGCUGAACAAGACAAUAGAGAAAAAAGAGUGA